AUGGAGCCAGUCCUGAUCCUGGUGCUCAGUCUUUCCUGUCUGCUUCUCCUCUCACUCUGGAGACAGAGCUCUGAGAGAAGCAAGCUCCCUCCUGGCCCCACUCCUCUCCCAAUUAUUGGCAAUUUCCUCCAGAUAGAUGCAAAGAACAUCAGCCAAUCCUUGACUAAUCUUUCAAAAGUCUAUGGCCCUGUGUUCACCUUGUACUUGGGCAGGAAGCCCACUGUGGUGUUGCAUGGGUAUGAAGCAGUGAAGGAAGCUCUGAUUGAUCAUGGGGAGGAGUUUGCUGGAAGAGGAAGAUUUCCAAUGGCUGAAAAAAUUACUAAAGGCCUUGGCAUUAUUUUUAGCAAUGGAAGCAGAUGGAAAGAGAUAAGGCGCUUCUCACUCAUGACUCUGCGGAAUUUGGGCAUGGGUAAAAGGACCAUUGAGGACCGUGUUCAAGAGGAAGCACAGUGUCUUGUGGAGGAACUGAGGAAAGCUAAGGGCUCACCCUGUGAUCCCACAUUCAUCCUGAGCUGUGCUCCAUGCAAUGUCAUCUGCUCCAUUAUUUUCCAGAAUCGUUUUGAUUAUAAAGAUCAGGAUUUUCUUAACUUGAUGAAAAAAAUGGAUGAGAAUGUCAGGAUUUUGAGCUCCCCCUGGUUGCAGGUCUGCAAUAAUUUCCCUUCACUAAUUGACUAUUGUCCAGGAAGUCAUCACACGGUAUUUAAAAAUGUUGAUUAUGUCAGAAGUUUUGUUUUGGAAAAAACAAAAGAACAUCAGGAAUCAUUGAAUGUUGCAAACCCUCGGGACUUUAUUGAUUAUUACCUGAUUAAACAAGAGCAGGAAAACCACAAUCAACAAUCAGAAUAUACACUUGAACAUCUGGUAACAACUGUGAGUAAUCUGUUUGCUGCUGGGACAGAGACAACAAGCACAACGCUGAGAUAUGCUCUCCUGCUCCUGCUGAAGCACCCACAUGUCACAGCUAAAGUCCAGGAAGAGAUUAAUCAUGUGGUUGGCAGACACCGCAGCCCCUGCAUGCAGGACAGGAGCCACAUGCCCUACACAGAUGCCAUGAUUCAUGAGGUUCAGAGAUUCAUCGACAUCCUUCCUACCAACCUGCCCCAUGCGGUGACCUGUGACACUAAGUUCAGGAACUACCUCAUCCCCAAGGGAACAAUGGUAAUAACAUCACUGUCAUCAGUGCUGCAUGACAGCAAGGAAUUCCCCAACCCAGAGGUAUUUGACCCUGGACACUUUCUAGAUAAGAAUGGAAACUUUAAGAAAAGUGACUACUUCAUGCCUUUCUCAGCAGGAAAACGGAUUUGUGUAGGAGAGGGCCUGGCACGCAUGGAGCUGUUUCUGUUCCUGACAACCAUUUUACAGAACUUUAAGCUGAAAUCAUUGCUCCACACUAAGGACAUCAAUAUUACCCCAGUGGCCAAUGGAUUAACCUCUCUGCCACCCCCUUACAAGAUCUGCUUCAUUCCUGUCUAAAGAAGAUCAGACUUUCUGGUCCAGGCUGUGUUGUUUUCUGAAAUCACCUCUAGACCUUCAUCCACCUCCUUCUGAUCAGGGACAAGGAGUCUUUCCUUCCAUUUCAUGUAUUCCCAUUCUAUCAAGACCCAGGAAACGCCUUUCAACCAUUUUGCAAUUUCUGGAGUCACUGCACAAAUAUAUUGCUAUUUUCUAUUUCUCUGCAACAGUGUUAUUAUCCCUUGUGCUAAUGUGUAUCUGGUCUUGAGUUAAAAAGGAACUUCCCUGUAAAAUAACUAAUAUAGUAAGAUAAUUCAUGGUCAUUUUUCUUCUGCAUGUUUUCAAUAAUAAAUAUAUUUGAUUUGCAUACCUGUUAUUAGACUUGCUUACAAUUCAUGUAAAAAAUGAAAACAGAGUUCCCAACACACCACGCUACCAUGAUACCAUCUCUGAAUAUAUUCUUAUGCACUAAUGUAUGUGCAAACAUAUCUCUGUACUAGGCCUCAAGGUAAGAACUUAGCAAUGCCAUACAAAGUAGCUCCUUUGAGACUUAAGACAGAAGGAGAUAAGUAGUAGUGCUACUUGUCAUGCUACAUAUCAUGCAGCAUAGAGAAUUCAAGCUAGGGUGUUAGAGAGAUAUUUCAUUCAAUAAAUUACCUGCCAUAUAAACCUGAAGAUCUAUAUCCAGUCUGUGGCAUAUAUAUAAUGAUCAGGCAUUGUGGUGUGUGCUUGUUAUACCAACACUGAGAAGAUAGAACAAGAGAUCCUGGGAGCUUGCUGGAAACCCAACCCAGCCUAAUUAGUGAGACUUGUGUCCUAGUGGGAUACACUAUCUCAGAAAACAAGCUUGUCAUCUCCUGAGAAACAAUGCCCAAGGUUCACCUCUGACUUCCACAUAUGUGUAUGUAUAUGUACAUACAUUCUCUCACAUACAUGCAGUGGAUUAUGUACACACAUUUACACACCCACAUAUAUACAUGUAAAAUAGAAUGUGAAGAGGAAGGCGGUACCAAAGCUCUUUGGCCGAGCAUCACUUAGAGUCACUGGAAGUAUUUGUGUUUGAAACAAAUAAACAGUGUCCAGGAAUAGCUCUACCCUGUAGAGGACAAGUCACAGGGAGGAAUACACAUGCAGGGUCAGGUCAUGCCCUACUUUGCUGCUAUUGUCAACAAAAAGGUAAAAUUUUAAACAUGCUUUUGACUUGAUGUUCUCAGGUUAGACCUGAGCAUGCAUUUUGAUUUUCUAUUGCUAACCAUAUGCUCUAUAUGUGUCCCUUCUCUUCCCAAAAGAAUUUUGGUCCCAGGAAAAAUCACAUUUCCAUGAUUUCUAGAUGCUACAUUCCCUUCCCACUGUAUUACAAAUAAUCAAAUGACAAGUAGCAUUACUACUUAUCUCCUUCUGUCUUAAGUCUCAAAGGAGCUACUUUGUAUGGCAUUGCUAAGUUCUUACCUUGAGGCCUAGUACAGAGAUAUGUUUGCACAUACAUUAGUGCAUAAGAAUAUAUUCAGAGAUGGUAUUCAAUCUAUAUACAGAUUCGUGUGGUACAAAAUGUGGCUCUUUAAAAAUGAGCUAAAAUUUCUAUUCUAUAAAGUUAUGUAUUUUUCUAGUAAGUAAAGAUAUGCUACACACUACACACUUUACUCCACUAUUCUCAGGUCUUUAAACUUGGAUUCAGACAUGCCGUCUGUUUUCCUGAGUAUUCCUAUUGAAGUCAGAUUACAGAGGAAAUUCUCAGUUCUAAGAUCAGGUGAACCAAUUGCUUUGAUAAAUUAUCUCUCUUCUUUCUACCAUCUAUAUGUCUAUCUAUUAUCUCUCUCAUAUAUCUAUGUAUUUUGUCUCUCUUUCCUAUGUCUGUCUAUCAAUCCAUGCUUCUACCUACCUAUCAUAUUAGUUCUGUCUCUUAAAAAAAUUAGCAAUUAAAGAAGUGAUUUUCUUGACAUUGUUUUUAUUAUUUAUCUUGAAGUUUGCUGAGCAUAUAUUUCUAGAGUGCAAAUAAUUUAUUUUGCUAUUCUUCAGGCAUUUUUUAUUUUUUUAUUAAGAAA